AUGAUGAUGAGGUUUUUCGUGUUCGGGGUUUUCUUGCUAUUCUUCGUUCCUUCUCCAAUCUCCGCCGGAUUUUAUUCAAACUCCUCAGCCAUCCCGCCGGAGCUCCGUCGUAACGCCACCGAAAACGUCUGGAACUCAUUCUUGAAUUUCACUGGUUGUCACGCCGGCAUGAAAGUCAAUGGUCUCUACAAGAUCAAACAAUACUUUCAACGUUUUGGCUACAUCCCAGAGACUCUCCCCCGAAACUUUACCGACGACUUCGACGAUAUCCUCAAGAACGCCGUUAUGAUGUACCAGAGAAACUUCCGGCUAAACAUCACCGGAGAACUCGACGAGCUCACUCUCAAACACGUCGUAAUCCCACGUUGCGGCGUCCCCGACGUAGUCAACGGCACCUCAACUAUGCAUGGUGAUGGAAGAAGAAGGACAUAUGAAGUCUCCUUCGCCGGACGGGGCCCAAAUUUCCACGCCGUCAAACGCUACUCUUUCUUCCCGGGUGAGCCGCGUUGGCCGGACCAUAACCGUGAUCUAACCUACGCGUUCGACCCGCGAAACGCGUUGACCGAGGAGGUCAAGACCGUGUUCUCACGCGCCUUCGCUCGUUGGGCAGAGGUGACUCCGCUAACAUUCACGCGCGUGGAGUCGUUCUUGACCUCUGACAUCAGCGUAGGAUUCUACUCCGGCGAUCACGGUGAUGGAGAACCGUUCGACGGCGUAAUGGGGACACUGGCUCACGCGUUUUCGCCGCCAAACGGACACUUCCACCUUGAUAGAGACGAGAACUGGAUCGUCUCCGACAGCGGAGGCGACGGUUUUCUCUCGGUGACGUCGGCUGUUGAUCUAGAAUCAGUAGCUGUUCAUGAGAUCGGUCAUCUUCUAGGGUUAGGUCAUUCCUCUGUUCAAGACUCGAUCAUGUAUCCAACCAUCACGACGGGGAGGCGUAAGGCUGAUUUGACGAGCGAUGACGUGGAAGGAGUCCAAUAUUUAUACGGUGCGAAUCCUAACUUCAACGGCUCUAGAUCUCCACCACCAUCAACUCAACAGCGAGACACUGGCGAUUCCGGCAAUGCUGCAUGUAGAAUCGACGGCUCUAGAUCGGUUUUGACUAGUCUAUUCAUGUCGACCGUUGGAUUGUUUUUGUUGUAUUUAUUGUAG